AUGAAUCCCAUCCCAAAUGAUAUCUGUUUGGAGAUAUUCUCGAGAUUACCUGCGAAGUCAGUCGGGAGAUUUCGCUGCGUGUCGAAGCUAUGGGAUUCCAUGCUUCAACAUCCAUAUUUCACGAAGUUGUUCUUGUCCAGAUCCCCGGCUCGUCCACGUCUCUUAUUCGCCAUCCAUGGAUUUGGAGAACGUGAGUUUUUCUUCUUCUCAUUGCCUCUGCAUCAGAUUCGGUAUGACAAUUCAUCAUCUCCUGUAAUAGCCGCUGAUUUUCAUAUGAAGCUCCCUGGAGAUAUGUGUACAGAAACGUGGUGUUAUGCAUCUGGUUUGAUGUAUUUCCCUAAUAUGUGGAACGCAAAGAAGGGUGAAGAUAGAGUGAAUGUGAUAUGUAACCCUAGCACAAGACUGUGUGCGGACUUGCCUGAAAUGAGAAUGGACAAAGACUCGAGAAGCUUUUUAGGGUUUGAUCCGAUCGACAAGCAAUUCAAGGUAUUGUUCCUGGCUCAUCCAUCUUGUGAUGAUGAUCACAGAAUUCUGACAUUAGGAACUGGAAAUUCGAGUUGGAGGAAGAUCAACUGUCCAUUACCCCAUACGCCUUCCUCCAAAAGGAAAGGGAUAUGCAUCAAUGGUGUUCUGUAUUACUUAGCUCAUGCUAGUAAGAUUGUGUGCUUUGAUGUUAGGUCUGAGAAGUUCAAGUUUAUUGAUGGAAAAUCAAAUGGUGUUCGGUUUACUAAAUUGGUAAACUAUAAAGGUAAGUUAGGUGUGAUCAUUAAGUACGCGACCUUUGCUGACACUAAAUUCACAACAUGUGCCAUUGAGUUGCGUAUGUGGGUUCUAGAAGAUGUGGAGAAACAGGAAUGGUCGGAACAUGCCUUCACUUUAAAGGGUGAUGAAAUCGUUGGUUUCUGCGAUGAUUACGACGUUGGAGUGACUGCUUAUGGUGAUAUUGUUUUGCUGUCUUCUCACCAUCCAUGUGGAUCGUUUUGCGUUUUCUUCUUCAAUCCGGAAAGGAACAGUCUCCAAAGAGUUGAGUUCCGAGGUAAACAUGAAGCGUUACACCGUUGUAAUAAUAUAGUUUACGCCUUUGAAAACCAUGAAGAGGAUCUUGAGUUUAAUGUUAUGGAGACAACAUAUGCUGCAACAUCAUCUAACCCUCAACUUCGUGGUACGUUUGAGAGCAUGAACAAAUUUGAUGCGCUGUGUCUUUCGGAUGAUGAUUAG